CCCAAGUUAGCUUCGACUCGGUAGCUGACCAACAGGAUGUAGAUGAGAUCAACCGCAUCCUGGAUGUGGAAAUGCCGGAGCUGAACCUCGAAAAAGUAUCGAACGUGGACGAAGAACUCCUGCUCCAGUUCGAAUCGAGAAUAAUGGAGAUGAUAGAAUUGGAAAGCAAAGCCGUGCAAAGCGUUGCUGAGCUUUGCAGGCCGGAAAUGAUCGAAGUUGUUCGGCUUGAGUUGGAGUUUGAUGAGUACUCGUUCAGAAACUUUAGAAAGUGCUUUUCGUUGUCGAUAAAGUCAAGUAUCGCUCACCUGCGUUGUUCGAAAGGUGCUAUGAGAUAUCUAUGGAGGUGGCUGAAAGACUGCUAUCUUGCGGCUACUAUUUCCUGAGCAAAUUCGGAAAAACCUGCCCCGUACAAUACGCGGAAGACAAGAUACCGUUUCAAAUGUUCCUCCCGAUGGAACAACGAUACAACGUUUUUCCUGUCAUCCACAGAAAUUAUAUCUAUUUCUUAAUCGGCAGAGAAGCCGUGGAAAAAUUCCGAACCAACCCUUUGAGGUUCAUCAUGGUGGACAGCGUAAAAUUUCCAUUAAUACCAUUCAACGUGGCUGUGUCUGGACCUCCAAAAUGUGGGAAAACCAUUCUAGCUGAUAGAAUCAGGAACACGUACGGGAUGAAGUUGAUCAGCAGGGGUCAGGCAAUACGGUAUGUGUUGGCCUACAUGCCAUUCUGUCAGUUAGCCGUCAAUAUGGAGGACGUUUUGAGGAAAGGAUGGGAGGUUACUGACGAGAUGGUGGCUAGAUGUGUUGAGGCUGCGUCUAUGGAUCCCAGGGCGGUUACGCAAGGUAUGGUUUAUGACGGGUUCCCGAACACCAUAACAGAAGUCAAACAUCUAUCCUACACAGGUCUAGUACCAAACCUAGUAGUCGACCUCCAAGCGACUGACGAUGAGAUAUUCGAAGGACUGUCAAACGAUGUAGGCAGAAGGGGUUUCCGGAGAUACAGCAAACAAUUCGUUGAACGUCUUCUGCAGGAAUGGACGAAAACAGCCAAGGAUUUCAGAGUCUGGUUUGAUAAAGAAUAUCAAGUCACGACAUGUAUUCCUAUAAGUACCAGCAACUGGUCGGUUUGGACCCAAGGCAAAGCUGUGAUUCUGGCAUCAUUUUUGAGCGGAAACAUUAUUUCUCUCAUGUCAAAGACGACUGGCCUUUGAGACUUGCAAAUAUGCUCGUCACACCGUUGGAGUUCCAUCAAAGGCAAAGCAACUAUAAAAGCUUUUGCCCUUGUUGCCUACAUUUUUCUAACGAACUAACCAGUGGAGGAGAUCCUCCCGAUCGAACUGGUCUCGUCCAAUACAGAAAAUACUAUUACUGGUUAUGUGAAGAUCAUAUUGAGCAAUUUCUAAAAACGCCAGACGAGUUCUUACCGCCCUACGGUCGCAACGCUCUACCCCAGAACCUUCCUACGAUCCGAAAUUUGAAAUCCACGCCUGAAAAUGUUUUCGAAAACGGUAGCUGUGUAGUAUGCUACAAACUAACACGUGCCAAAGUCAAUGGUUCUUUAGAACAUGCUGUAGGGUACAACAACAGAGUGUACCUUUUUGAAGACAAAGAACAUUUGAGGAUGUUUAUGAAGAAUCCUCAAAAUUUUAUGUUUGAUAUCAGCUUCAAGCAACCUACACCAUAUCCUUCUUUGAAGUAUGAAGAGUUGCCUGUACUUGGAAUGUUAGAGCAGUACGUCGCCAAACCUAUAACCAAGGCACUAAACUACGUGACGAGACGUAGACCAAUAAUCCCAGGUCUAAGUAUUUCUGCUUCAGCUGCUGUGGGUAUUGGAUUAUACUUGAAAGUAUAUAGCGAAACUUUGCCUGACCAUUAUAAGACAGAGUAUUUCAAAGGUGACAGCUUGUAUAAUGAAAGAAGGCAUAAGCUACUAUUCUAUUUGGAUGCUAUGAAGUCAGUAUUGAAUCCGUAUUUGUAUUACGAAGAACCGUUGCCUGAAUUCAAGAUGUUAGAAUCAGAGCUCUCUACUAGUACUGAAAGCGUUUGUACUGAAAUGUCGAAAUUAGUCAAUGAGAUUGUUGACGGUAUUGAUUAUUAGGCGUGUUCCAGUGUAGUUUUAAUAAAUAUUCCGUUGAUUAUAA